CUGUUCUUGAAUAUUGAGUUUUUACUGAAAAAUAUCGACAUUAUGUUUGGACUACGUUAGCGACAUCUUCAAUUUAUAUUAGGAGUUAUUUCCUGAAGGCUUGGAUUGGACGUCAGGGCACACCAAGAAAAUCAAUUUUUGCUCGAAGUUCUAGUGUUUGUGCUAAAAAUAAAUUUAUUUAUGUUUUAAAUUUUAAGUGACCAAAUAACUAGUGUAAGAAUAAGUGGUUUUGCAUAAAUUGAGUUCAGUUAAAAAUUAUAAUUGCAAGUUGUCAUGGCGGCCGUGUGAUUGACCAAUAGAAACGCUCGAUGCUUCGGUUGUUGAAGUGUUCUUUUUCGCUUCGCGAUACGCGUCAUUUAACUAUUUUGUGAUUUUUUUGGUGAAUUGAGUGAUUCUUUCGCAAACAUUAGAAAAACAUAAUGAAAAUUACAUGAGAUAUGAGAUUAAACCAUAAAAAUCAUCUUACAUUAGUGCAAAAUGCGUUUUUGGUUGUUUGUCACGUGACCUACCCGAUUAUUAUGGCGAAAAGAUCGGACAACGACCAUGAAUCGUUUUUCUAAGUAAAAUUUUGACAUUCGCAUUUGUAUACAGGUUUGUUUUCCUAAUAUACCACGUGCAUUUUAGCUACUGAUUGACAGUUGACCAACUCGAUGUCAACAAGAGGCAUGAAAAAGAGGGGGCGUCCCCCUAAGGUCCAGGUUGCGGAAAGAACCAAAAAAUUUCAGUACCACCUUCUAAAAAAGCCAAAAUAUUUAUUAAAUUAUAAACCACGGGAAGGCUCCCAGCCGAGUACGCCAACAGCCUCUAGAGCGUCUUCCCCACAAGAGAGUGAAUCCAGUAGACGAAGCAGUAAUAGAAUAAGGGGAAAAGAUGGACAUAGAGCAAGUAGAAAAUCUGGCUAUGUGGGCUCAGCAUACCAGCGAAGGGGGUACAACACAUCUCAGAGUGACUAUCACGAAUCUGAGUAUCACUAUGGCUCAGAUUUUGGAGAUGAUUCUAGUGAUAACAAAAGUGAUAUCGAAGAUGAACUGGGAGUGUCUGAAAGCGAAUCGGAGGGUUCAGUGGGUGAGCCUAGUAGUGAUAGUGACUUUUCUUUGAGUAGUUUUAGUACUAUGAGUGGAACUCCUCGGAAAGGGUUCAAUGUGAACAGGGCACCCACUCCAGAGCCUCCACUGUGGCUACAAAACCGAGAAAUACCUCCACUAGUGUUACCUAAGUCUUCUGAUGAUUUACUAGUACCUAGAAACAGAAUAAUAGAAGUUAUAAGUAUUUACGAAGUUUUGAGGCAUUUUAGAAAUCUUGUAAGAUUAUCCCCAUUUAGAUUAGAAGAUUUUUGUGCUGCUAUCAUGUGUGAAGACCAAAGCAGUUUAUUAGCCGAGAUCCAUAUAAUGCUCAUGAAAGCCUUAUUCAGGGAAGAAGAUUCCCAACAAACUCAUUUUGGGCCUCUAGACCAAAAAGACAGUGUCAAUAUAUCUUUGUACCUGCUUGAUUAUAUUACAUACCCCGAAGUAUUGAGAGCUUAUGUAGAAAGUGAUAAAAGUUUUGAUCAAAAGGUGCUGGAAAUUUUAUCCACUACAGAUUAUCCUUUUUCUACUCUUGAAGAUAGGAUCAAAGUUCUUCAGUUUUUAACUGAUCAAUUUUUGACAACAAAUCCUGUUAGAGAAGAUCUACUGAGUGAAGUUCCCAUGCAUUAUGAUGACCAUUGUAGAGUGUGCCACAAACUUGGGGACCUUCUAUGCUGCGAAACUUGUCCUGCAGUCUACCAUUUGGAAUGUGUGGAUCCCCCCUUGACAACUAUUCCUGAAGAAGAUUGGCAGUGUGGAAUUUGUCGUUCUCACAAAGUAUCAGGUGUUGUAGAUUGCGUACUAGAUUUGGAAAAGCAGGGUCAACUGUCACGACAGGAGCCACUGGGUUAUGAUAGACAUGGAAGAAAAUAUUAUUUUCUUUGUAGAAGGCUUAUUGUUGAAAGUCGAGAUGGCGAAAUCCACUACUAUUCCACAAGUGUCCAAUUCAAAGAACUACAAAAAUUAAUUGACCCCAAAGAUAUGGAGUCCACUCUUGCUAGAGAAUUGCAAGAAUACACUGAAGAAAUUACUAGGCAAAUGGAGUUAACAGAAAAACUCACCAAUCAAUACAAGGGUAACAAGAAGACAUAUCUGGAUGCUGAAAAUGCUGCUAUUAUAAAAUUUAAUAAAGAACUGGAGGAAAAACUUGAAGAAGAACGGAAAGAAAAAGAGAAGCAAAAUGCAGAAAAUUUGGUAGCAAAAAUGCAUGAAGACAUUGAACCUGUAGAUGAUGUACCAAUGGUAAUAGAAAAUACUGAAGUAGUAACAACUAGUGUCCUUGAUUCUUCAGUAGAUCCUACAGCUGUACACACCGAAACAGUUACCACUGGAUCCCCAGAGGAGGAAGACAAUGAUAAAAAUAAAGAAGUAUUAACCAGAUCUAAGACAGGGUCUUCAACACCAAGAACAAUUAACCUAGAAGAGCUGAGAAAAAAGAGCUUGGGAGCACUUUUAAAUAGAGAAGAUGACAAAGAUGAAUCAAGAAUGACACGGCUUAAAUCCACUCAAAUAGCAAAUGGAACAUAUCUAUUUAAAUUAGGCAUGGAGAACUCCUUCAAAAUGUAUGUAAAUCAGUUUACUACAAACGUAAUUGCUCUAAAUAAACCACAGAGAAAUGAAGAAAGAGACAAAAAGCGUCAUUUAUCUCACAAAUUUUCACUUACCCCUGCUUCCGAAUUUAAAUGGAUUGGUGCUGUUAGUGGCUCUAAGACACUUCUCAACAACACACUAAGACAUACAAUUUUACAAUUAGAACAACAAUUUCCAGCACCAUUUAUGCACACCAACUGGCCACUCCUCCGUAAAACUUGGUUGACUAUUGUUGGUAAUUGUCAACAACCCAAGGACUUUGCUAAAGUUUUAGUAGUGUUGCAAGCUUGUAUCAAACCUGUAGUUUUUGCCAAUGUUUGGCAUGAUCAGUUAGGACAUACAAAAUUAGCUAGAAUAACAGCUGCAGAAAGAGAGGAGCGCAAGAAGAUAGAAAAACGUGAAAAGAAAGAUAGAGAAGAAGAAGAGGAAAGAAAUAGAAUGAUAAUCAGUGGUUAUGUGAAAUAUACAAUGAGUUUUAAGCAUCAACUGUGGAAGCAAAAGGGAGAAGAAUACAGAAUUCAUGGUAGAUGGGGUUGGUUGUGGAUUCGAACUCCUAGAAAUUUUCAACAUGUAGAUUCCAGGCAGCUUGGUUUAGCUGAACCUCAACGAAUAAUGGUACAAAUUAAAGAUGCCAAUGGAAGUAAAGUGAUGAGUUUGGAUCCAGCCUAUCACAAAUUUAUCAAAACAGAAAAUUUAAAUGAUUCAGACAUACCAGCAGCUUUCAAAAAUAUGGAAAUUUUGCCACCAAUAACAAAAGUCGAAGAAAUAAAUGUUAGUAAAGCCUUAAUUGCACCAGGAAGAUUACUAUAUCCAAAGGUAGCUAGAAAGACAAAAUUGGACACACUUUUAGCCAGAAGAAUUCAAUUAAAAACUAUAGAGGAACACAAGAUAUCAAUGUCUAAAACAGAUGAUGCUAACAAAGAUGAAGAUGUAGAUGUUGAAGUAGAUGAAGACUCAAAUGCAGAAGGUAUAGAUAAACAACUUAAUAAUAUGAUGACAGGUAAAGUUUCACUGGCAAAUAAUCAACAAUCAACACCAAACAAAGAAGUUUUGAACUCAAUUGCUAAACGUAUACACUCAUUAAGGACGCAGUAUACUUCAAUAGCAAGAUUAGCCAAAGAUUUCCAAUGUUAUGUCAAAGGAUGCAAUUCUGGGGCUGGCAAUAGUUUGGAAACUACCUGCUAUUCACCAAUGUGCAUGCAACGGGUCAGAGUGAGGAAAGAUCUGUUAAGUCUAUUGAGGAAAGCUAAUUUAGCCACCAAUUCUUCUGUUAAACUACCAACUUUGCCACAAACCAGUGCAAUUGUUAAGAAACCUUCAAUUUUGGAACAAACAUUAAAAGCACCACAAUUACCGAUAAUUCAGAAAGAAAAAGAUAGCAGUCCUCCAACAAGAGAGAGCAUAUGUAAAGGUUUAAUAACCGCACUCAGUUCAGCUAUCAAGGUUGAUGAACAGCCAGAUGUUUAUAAACCUCUAAAAGAGCCAGAAGUUAAAGUUAAAAUUGAAAAAGAAAGUGACCAAGAGCAUGCUGCUAAAAAAGCUAAAACAGAAUUGAAACAGGAAAUUGAUUUGAAAGAAAUAUCUCCUGAAGUAAUCAAUGAGGUGAUUCUGGGAGGAAGUCCAAGAGAUGAUACUGUUAUUGAUGGUGUAGUUAAAAACGUUCCUGCUUCAGAAGAAAUCAUAGAUACAAUUACUGUAACUUCAUCAAAAGAUGGACCUUUCAGUUCUAUAAAAACAUUAAAUGCUAAACACACUGCCUAUACUGCCCAACAGAAUAGAAGAUUUUGCGCUUUUAAAUUUGGAGUAAAAAGAGAAGAAAAAACUGUUAAGACUGAGCAUGCAGCAGAUGGUUCUAAAAGGAUAUACUCUACGCAAUCCACUGAGGGUAAAAUUGUAUUGAAGAAGGUUCCUUCUCUAGAUUCUAAGCGCAAAAAUAAACAAAUAGUGAAAUACCCUGCUUGUUCUUCUUUUAAAACUUCAAAGUCUUGUUCUUCUCUCUUGGUAUUACCACCACAUGAUGUUAGAAAACUGGCAAGAAAUGCGGGUAGGAUCUAUGUGCCAGGCUUUAACACUUUAGCCAAAGCGAAUAACAGUAUCUGGCCCUACCCUUGUGCCAGACCAUUGUUCAAAACAUGCUGGAUCUAUAGAACUGUCAAUUUGAGGUCUUUGGCUUGUGCUGCCCUUCAGUUGAAGAUCAUGUGGGCGUGUCUUAGAUGGGAUGAUAUGCUGGUGAAGCCUCAAAAUGCUGAUGGCAAGCACCAGAUUACUACAGAAACGGAGAUUUUAUCUUUAGAACUUUUGAAACACAGACAUGUGGGACAGUUUAUGCAGAAAACGCAGUAUUUGAGGAGGAAAGUUGUUAUACCUUUGGAACUUCCUAAAACAGUCAGAGAGGUAACAUCUAUAAGAAGCGGACUUAGGAAGAGAAAGAGACCAGAGUCGCCUCAAAAUAUGGAUCCUCAAGUAUCGGAAGAAUGGGUAGAUGAAGAAAAACUAGAACUCUGGGAGAUUAAACAAUAUGGAGACAAGCUGGAAAAGGCUAAUCAGCCCAAUAAUCCUAUAACUAGGAGUCGCACGGGCCAUUUGCCGCCUCCCAAACCGAUCAUCGAAGCCCCCGAUCUCAAGGUGGCCGUCAGCGGUAAAGCAUCUGCCGAGGAGAUCAAGGAGAAGAUGGAGCAGCAGCUAAGGUUGCAGAGGGCGGCUCAUCAACAGAAGAGAGCACUCGAAAUCAAGAAGGCUAGUGUUAUGGAGAUGGUGAGCACUCAAGGUUCAAACCGGUCUUCAACGUUUAAUGUGACGACAACAGUAGAUGGUCAGAUGAAGAUAGUGAAGAACGUUGUGGUGCCGAAUCAAGCCAUAGUCAGCGGUAAACAUACCCUAACUUCAUUACUAACUUCGAAUACUACUAAGUUGGCUGGUCGACGGAUAUUGAUGACAAAAGGUCCGGACGGUACGACCAGGGUCAUUACAGGCACGUCAAAUAUCCUACCUAAAAAUCUACCAACGACCCAACAGAGUCUGAUCAAAACUCAGACCGUUGUCUCGGGACAACAGGUCCAGACGCCCGUUCAGGGUCAACAGCCAACUACAUCAACUCCUACCUUAACCAACCAAGCGCAAUCGCCAGCUCAAAAGGAAACGCCUCAACGCGUACAAAUAAUGCGCACCCCGGAUGGCCGCAUCACUGUCAAGGGUCUUCUGCCCGGCCAACAGCUCGUCCAGUAUCCGGACGGUAAGCUCCAGGUCCUCACGACGUCUCAGAUUCAAUCUUCAGGUCUGGCGACUGCCAAAACACCGGUUCAGUCGCCUAAUCCUAAAGCUAUCAUUAAACAGGCUAUACAUACAUCUGCAGGUACUAGGGCGCUCGUCCAGGGCAGUCCCAUUGUCAAGCAGGCUGUUAUUGGUCAGCCACAGGUGCAGAGUCCACAGGUGACGAAGCCACAACAGGUGCAGGUCCAACAGCAGGCUCAGCCGCAGCAGCAACAGAUUAUUUUGAAGCAGCAGUCGGGCCAACCGUUAGUCCAGAAGGUUAAUCAAGGAGGCAUGGUUUUGACGCCAGGUGGACAAGUAUUGCAGCAGCAGGUGCUUUUGAGCACAAACCAAGUCAUUACUUCAAACCAAAAUGGUCAACAAGUUAUAACAAACCAAAUAGUCGUUAACAAUCAAUCCCUUGCUCAACAAUUGGCUACGGGAAAAGUCCAAGUUGCUACCAUAAAUGGUCAGCAAGUUCUCAUCCGCCCUACUGGUAACAACCAAGCACAAGUUGUAGCUCAACUAACUCCUGGACCCAUCACCCAGUCCUUACAACCAGUUCAAACACCAGCCAAGCAAGUCGUACGCCAACCCGAAUCACAACAACAAGUAGUUCAGCAACAAGUUUUGCAGCCACAAAAUGUUCAACAACAGCAGCCGCAGCAGCAGCAGCAGCAGCAACAACAACAACAGCAGCAACCGGCCAAUCAAGCAAUCCAGCAGGCUUUGCAGAGUCCUCCGAAGACUGUACAAGACAAUCAGAUUGAUAAAGCGACUAUGGACCAAUUGUUGGCUGGACAACCGCCCGGUACAGUGAUUAAGUGUGUUACUGCACAAGUUAUACAGACACAGCAAGGUCCCAGGAUCGUUUUGCAAGGUUUGCAAGGAGCUGAUUUUACACCACAACAGUUGGCUGCUGUUCAACAACAGGUCAAGCAACAGUUGCUAAAAGCUCAAGCUUCAACGGGUAAACAAGGUGUCCUCGGACCCACGAAAAUAUAUCUGGCUGUUCAACCAAGCAAUUCAGACCAGUCGACUGAAACUACAUCCACCAAUCCUCCACCUCUCGCACCAGUUCAGCACCAACCCCAACCAGUUGUCAACCAGCAAGUCAUCACCCAGAAUGCGGUCGCCGCUUUGAUAUCCAAGACUCCCAUCAAGCAAACGACACAACAGACUACUGACAAUCCAACGCCGGUACGUCAGAUACUAGUUAACGGUCAACAAUCUCAAACGUCAGCACUUCUGCAAGCUAUUAAACCAACAUCAGAAAACCCAGUCCAACCCCAAUUGGUCCAACAGAAUCCCCAACAACCGCCGCAGCAGCAACAGCAGCAGCACCAACAACAACAGACGACGGCGACUUCUGAUGCCCAGAAGCAGUUUGUUGUCACUCCAGAUUAUAUUCAGCAAAAAAACCAUAAAACAUUUGCCUCUUCAGCAAUCAAAACUGCGUUAAAACAAGAGAACCUGAACCCUGAAAUCGAGGAAAAACUCUUGCAACUCCAACGGUACCAGGAGCGACAGAUGAAACACGAACCUGAAGUACCGUCUCCAGUUACGAAGCUCAGUCAACCCAUCGUUAAUUCCCGCCAUCCUAGCGCGCCACGUAAGAGGCCGCUAAGUACUUCCAAAAACGAUGACGCCGAUUGGGUGAUGGAGACGCCGAAAAGAAGCAGGCCUAAUAGGACGGGCGAUGUGAAGAAGGUCGAGGUCGAAACACAUCAUGAACCGGUCAAAGAAAAAAUUGUUUCGCCCAGGAGUAAAGUCAAAAUAAAAGAAGUUUCGGAGUCUGAACGGAAAGUUACCAUGAGAACAAAAAUUUUGGUCACUCUGUUUAGGCACAAAGAACUUUUGAAAAAGGAUAUUUUAAGGAAACGAGCUCUCUUGGAGAAAGAAUUGCAAUACGAGAUUCAGCGUGAAGUAGCCGAAGAAUUGGCAGCUCGCACGAAAAUUGAAAGGACGAAACAGGAUGAAGUCCGUACCGGAAGCAGUAAAAGAAAAUCUGCUGCCACCGCUACCACGCCUGCCAUUCCUGCUCCACAGCCAAAGACCAAUUCGAGGCACAAGAGAAAUCAACACAAGGGGCCGCCUGGAAGUUCUCCACCUGGUGCCACGACGCCUUCAAAGGGUCACAACAAACGUGAAAAGGUCUAUUGUAUAUGCAGGACAACCUAUGAUGAAACCAAGUUUUAUGUUGGUUGCGAUUUGUGUAACAAUUGGUUCCAUGGCGAUUGUGUAGGCAUAACGGAGGAAAGCAGUAAAACUUUAACAGAGUUUAUCUGCAAUGAAUGCAAACAGGCUCGAGACACUCAUAAGUUGUAUUGUUUGUGUCAACAACCUUACGAUGAAUCACAAUUUUAUAUUUGUUGUGAUCGAUGUCAAGAUUGGUUCCAUGGUCGAUGUGUGGGCAUAUUGCAAUCAGAGGCGGACAAUAUUGAUGAAUACAUUUGCCCACGUUGUCAAAGGAAUAAUUCUGUCAAUUUUGCUAAUAUGAAGGACUUGACAGCCAAGGACUUCGAAGGGUUGAGGAAGUUAAUCAAACAAUUACAGGUCCACAAGAGCGCUUGGCCGUUUAUGGAACCAGUUGAUCCAACCGAAGCUCCAGAUUACUAUAAAGUCAUCAAAGAGCCUAUGGAUCUACAAAUGAUUGAAGGCAAGAUAAACGAUCAGGUGUACACAAAAUUAAGCGAGUUCAUCGGAGAUAUGACCAAAAUAUUCGACAACUGUAGAUAUUACAAUCCGAAAGAAUCACCUUUUUAUAAAUGCGCGGAAUCGCUAGAAGCCUACUUCGUUAACAAAAUCAAAUGCUUGCGAGACAAGUUGUUCGAGAACAAUAAGUGAAACGUAUUUUAAAUUUAAGAGAUUUUUUUAUUAGCGUUUAAGGUUUGCCAGGACUUUCAGCAGGUCUGGAACGAUCUCAGCUUUAUUAUUUUGUAUUAAUUUUUUUUUGGUAUAUUUCUAAUUAUUAAAAGUUUAGCGAUCUGCUUGAAGUCUCAAAGAAAAAUACUAUUGUAAAUAUAUAUUUAAAAAAGAAAGUUAGUUUUGUGAAUAUAUGUAUGAAUGAAAUUUUAUUUUGUAAUUAUUAUUUUGAUAUCAAUUUUGUUAUUUAUUAUCCGUACAAAGUAUUUAAUUAGAGAAUUUUUUUAAAUCUUAGCUGCUGUACAAUUCUAUGGUAAUAAAUUCAUUUUAAGUUUUAAAAACAUGACUUUUUGUAAAUUAUUGUAAUUAUAUACCGCAGGGAGUUUCAUUAGUAAU